GCGUCAGUAUUAGUUUAGUGUGAGCUGUGUGUAACAUGUGCAGCCUUCAGAGUGUGAAGCUUUUCGUCCAGCAGCGGCUAACUGCGGCUGUGGAGGAGAUAUUUGGACAUUUAGACAAAACAAUAACCGAGUAUGAAGAGGAGAUCCACCGCAGACACCGCAGGCUGCUGGACGAGCUUUUAAAAGCUGAAACAAAGCAGCGAAAAGCAGUUUUACCUUUAGAUGUACGAAAAGUGAUUGUUGGUGAGGAAGAGAAGCAGGAGAAGACCUCCACUCUGGACCAGGAGGACCCAGAUCCCCCACACAUUAAAGAGGAACAUGAGGAACCCUGGACCAGUCAGGAGGGAGAGCAGCUUCAAGAACUGGAGGAGGCUGAUAUCACCAAGUUCACAUCGACUCCUGUUCCUGUGACGAGUGAAGAUGAUGAAGAGAAACCUCAGUCCUCACAGCUUCAGCAAACACAAACUGAAAAAAUGAAAACAGAAACUGAUGGAGAGGACUGUGGAGGAUCAGAACCAGACAAGAAUGUAAAUCCAGAUACACAUUUACAGCCUGAUACUGAAGACAAGACUUCAAACUCUUCUGUGACUGACACUGAUGACAGUGAUGAAUGGAAGGAGACCAGUGAAGCUCAAACAGCGUGCCCUUGUUUGGAUGUUAAUGUGUUAGAUGAAGAAGCUCUAAUACUGAGAGGAGCUUUCUGUUCAAACUGCUGGGUCCCAGAGUUCAGCACCGUGCAGCGCGGAGCCCUCACCAUCCACAGAUGA